UCCAGUUUCAAUUGCAACGAUUGGGCGCUGGGUUUGGCUGCUGUGGCCGAUAAUGUUGCGGUUGCAGCAUCCAGUGGUAAGAUCCACGUUCUAUCCAAAACCCUUCAAAGUACCAGCACCCUCAGUGCACAUUCACGCUCCAUCAAUAAAAUCAGGGCCCUGGACUCGUACACCUUUGCGAGCUGCUCAAACGACGGUACCGUGAAGGUCUGGGACGCGAGAACGAACCGCGAGACACUCAUGCUUUCCAACGCCCGCCAAUUGCCGUUUCUAUCCCUCGACACCAGCUACAACUUGUUGGUAGCAGGAACAGAGCUCAGUGGGUCCGACUCGGAGCUGAUUCUCUGGGACCUGCGCAAGCCAACGCAGCCGUUGAGGACGUUUAUUGAUUCGCACAACGACGACAUCACCGAGGCGCGGUUCCACCCGUCCAGCAGACAGCUGCUUUUGAGCGGGUCGACAGACGGCUACGUGAAUAUUUACGAUCUUUCGGUGCCCGAGGAGGACGACGCUUUGCUGCAGGUGAUCAACUUCACGUCGAUCCAUUCCGCAAACUUUCUCUCGCCAAACAGAAUAUACACUCUGUCGCACAUGGAGACGUUUGCGGUGCACGAGCUGAACGACCACCGCACCGAGGAGCACAUCGAGCCACAGCCAAAACAGUUUGGCGACGUUCGCGAAAAGUGGGGGUGCGAGUACGUGGUGGAUCUGCAGGCUCCGGGCUAUGUUUUCUGCGGGUCGAAUUCGAAGCACGAGCUGAAGAUGCACCGUUUCGACCCUGCUGUGGAGAACUUUGACUUUUCGGGCGAGUCACCCGUAUAUUUCCCCGAUGCACAUGGCGAGGAGGUGGUCCGUGACGCGCUGGUGCUGGAUAAUAUGGUGUACACUGCCGGCGAGGACAAUUUGGUGAAGCUGUGGAAA